GGCGUCUAGGGCACUUACAAGAGUUGUCCGAUUGGGAUCACAUAACAUCAAUAGAAGUCGCAUUUUCCAAUUUAACGGUCUACAGAGACGAGGAAUAGCAGCUUGUAUUGAUCGUUAAAUGGCUGAAAAGCGUUAUUUUGCCCCGUCGAUGACGUAACGUUAUCUCAUUACAACAGAUUGUGUUUAUGUACAUGCACGCUUAAUUUAAAUGUUAACCAACAUUGUGCAUCAAUCCACAGCCUCUAUAGGACUCACAGAUGAACAGAAAGAAUUUCAGAAGGUGGCAUUUGACUUUGCUGCCAAUGAAAUGGCACCACAUAUGGCAGAAUGGGACCAAAAGGAAAUCUUUCCUGUGGAGGCCAUGAGGAAAGCUGCUCAGCUGGGCUUUGGUGGGAUUUAUGUGCACCCUGAUGUUGGGGGCUCUGGACUCUCCAGGCUUGACACCUCAAUCAUUUUUGAAGCUUUAUCCACAGGGUGUGUCAGCACUACUGCUUACAUCAGCAUUCACAACAUGUGUGCAUGGAUGAUCGACACAUUCGGUAACAAGGAGCAAAGGGAGAAAUACUGUCCUGAUCUCUGCUCCAUGCAAAAAUUUGCCUCCUACUGUCUCACAGAACCUGGUAGCGGAAGUGAUGCUGCCUCCCUCUUAACCAGUGCAAAGCUCCAAGGGGAUCAUUAUAUUCUCAGUGGUUCCAAGGCCUUCAUCAGUGGAGGUGGCGACACAGAUGUUUAUGUGGUCAUGUGUAGGACAGGUGGGAAGGGACCCAAGGGCAUUUCAUGCCUGGUGGUUGAAAAAGAAACACUGGGACUCAGCUUUGGCAAAAAAGAAAAGAAGAUUGGUUGGAACUCGCAGCCAACCAGAGCAGUGAUAUUUGAGGACUGUGCUGUCCCUGUGACCAAUCGGCUUGGAGCUGAGGGGGAGGGCUUCAACAUUGCCAUGAAAGGCCUGAAUGGAGGCAGAAUUAAUAUUGCUUCUUGCUCCCUUGGAGCAGCUCACGCGGCUGUGCUGCUGGCUCGAGAUCACUUGUGUGUGCGGAAACAGUUUGGAGAAACGCUUUCAAACAGCCAGUACUUGCAGUUUAAGCUGGCAGAGAUGGCCACUAAACUGGUAGCUUCUCGGUUGAUGGUGCGUCAAGCAGCAUUGUCUCUUCAGGAGGGUCAACCCGACGCUGUAGCGCUCUGCUCAAUGGCCAAGCUCUUUGUGACGGAUGAAUGUUUUUCAAUAUGUAACCAGGCCUUACAAAUGCAUGGAGGUUAUGGAUAUCUGAAGGAUUAUGCAGUACAGCAGUAUCUCCGAGACAUACGAGUGCAUCAGAUAUUAGAGGGUACAAAUGAAGUGAUGAGGAUGAUCAUCGCGAGGAGUUUGCUUGCUGAAUCAUAAUCAUAUGAUGCUGCUCAUGAAUGGGACUGACUGGUGCUGGGCUUUAUCACAUGUAGCACGAUAUCAUAUCAUGUGUCAUUGUCUGAACUGUACAUUGCAGAUAUAAAGGUUGAUUGCCUGUAUUUGUUUAUAUGGGAUAUAUUCCACCUGUGUGUUACUAAAUGCUUUAGAGAUUACUGAUGUUACUGUAUAACAACCUAGAGUCGGAAAACCAACCUGUUGACUUUGAUUUUAUGUAGCUGUGACACUUUCUGGAUGGCCUGAAAAGAUUUCUGUUUAUGCCUUAAACUCUUGGAAUAGCAGGUCCAGAUUAUAGUAUUUAUUGUAAUAACACACAGUAAGGCUUGGUUGAAGACACGGAUUUCAUUACAAGGCUUCUUUUUCUGUUUGGGGUAAAUGAUUUUUUUUCUGCACUAGUUAAUGGAAAAAGUAUAGAUGAAAUCCCGUAGCUAAGAUUAAGGCUAAAAGUCCACCAAAUCUGACCCGCCUUGUUUAUUUUGGAGCAUUUACAGACCAGAUUUAUUCAGAAUUCAGCAUUAUAAUGAUCCAGAGUUGCUUUUAUCACCGGAAAGUAUAUUGGUAAGAUCAAUUUCAAAGCACGAAAAUUCCAAUCUCACAGUAUGGCCAUACAUUUGUUUGUUCCUAAACUUUAUAUGUGAUUCCGGUUCUUGUGUUAUUUGUAGAACGGCUGCUGUGAUUCAGACUGGCACAUUGUGAGCCAUGUAAAAUAAAGAACCGUU